AUGCAAUCCCCUCUGACCCAACCCUCCUCCUCAGACCUCUUCAAGUCAAGCAUCAACGAGUACUUGGACAAUCUCCCCGAAACUGUCCAUGCACAACUCUACAAAUCGCCAGAAACAUGUUUGGCAGUAUUCAGGUUGCUCCCUGCACUCGCCAAGUUCUACAUCAUGACCCUUCUAUUCCAGGAGACGGCAAUCCCGUUUUUGGACCUCAAUAGGUGGAUCCGGCACAAAAAGGCUUCAGGCACUACACACAGGCGAAACCCAAGCAAGAUAUACCAGAACGAGUCCAUCAAGCGGCUCAAAGCACUCAAUCUCCUCAAGGAGAUCAGGAAGAAGCUCAAGCACCCGAAAACAGGCAAGAUCGCCGUCAUAGUGUUUGUGCAGUUGAACCCGAUCUUCAGGCAGAGUUUCAGGGAUGCACUCACUGGAUUUCGGGCCGGCAGGCAGUUGGAUCCAAAUGAGAAGAUCACGGAGACGAUCGAGGAGUCUGAGGCGAAAGAGAGCGGAAGGAAGGGCCUGAAAAGCUCAAAAGACAACAAAAGCACCGAAAGCACGCAGAAAAACCUCAAUGCACUGUUCAGCGACGACAACGCGAAGAUCACAGUGGAGUUCCUGGACUCGUACUGCUUGUCGAAGUGGGAGAACAUCUUGCACUUCAUGGUUGGCUCGGAGAUCGCCGAGUACCCCAGCAUAGGCGUGCUGACGUUGCUUCGGUACAGCGGGUUGAUGGAGCUGCCGUCCGACCGCCAGAGGAGAGAAAACAGCUCUUCCGGGGCAGAUGCAGACGAGGAUUUUGUAGUCGACGAUCAUUACAUAGACGGGAAGCUGACUCCACCUUCAGGGGAGGAGCUCAAGUCUCUUCUGAUCACGAAAAGCGGGUUCCAGUUUCUUCUCCAGACCAUCAACUCGCAAAUCUGGACCCUCCUCCUCCAGUACUUGAAGAUGUCCGAGAAGCUCAUGAUGAACCCGGUGGACGUUCUCAACUUCAUCUUCAUGUUGGGAUCGCUCGAGCUCGGAGAGGGUUACCCGAUCGGGAUGCUAAGCGACACCCAGCUCAUCAUGCUUGAGGAUCUGAUCGAUUACGGGCUUCUAUACUACCCGCGGGAUGCUGCUUCCGGCGGAAAGGGCAAGAUAUUCUACCCGACGCGUCUAGCCACGUCGUUGACCUCCGAGCAGACCAACUUCAAGACUGCAAGUGCCGCUUUAAACGAUCAGAUUGCCAACCCGGCGACCGAGGCCGACCAAACCAGGGUUGAAGGGUCUGUGAUCAUCGAGACAAACUUCAAAAUAUACUGCUACACGUCCUCGCCGCUCCAGAUCGCCAUCUUGAACUUGUUCGUGCACCUGAAGACCCGUUUUGCCAACAUGGUCACCGGCAUUGUCACCCGGGAGUCCAUUCGCAGGGCCCUGAUCAAUGGAAUCACCGCCGAUCAGAUCAUCAACUACUUGGAGACCCACGCACACCCGGGGAUGGUGAAAAAAGCAGAGGAAAAAUACGCCAAGAAGCUUGAAUUCGAGAAUUCCAUCGGCAACACCUACGCUGCCGACCAGCUGAAGUUCGAAAUCCUCCCUCCCACAGUCGUGGACCAGAUCAAGCUCUGGCAGUUGGAGCUAGACCGAAUUGAGGCUACCAACGGGUACUUGUACAAGGAUUUUGCCAAUGACUUCGAGUUUGAGAAGCUCAUGGACUACGGUGAGGAGAUAGGUGUUAUUUUGUGGAAGGACAAGUCCCACAGGCGGUUUUUUGUCACUACCGAGGGAAACACGCAGUUGAUUGAUUACGCGAAGCGGAUAUUGAGGAAGAAGGGAGAAUGA